AUGGCCGAACAUCCAUCUGAACUGACAUUCAUCUUCCAAGGUACAACUCAAGGUGAAGGGUCACGAAAGGCGCAAAAGUCGGCCAUUAACCGUCAUGUUUCCAGAACCACACAUCAGAAAAGAAGACAACAGAGAUGUAAAGCUCUACAUUCACACUCACACUCUCAGGACAAAAAGGAUGGUCCACCGGACAAAUUACUCGCAGAUGAUGCUGCUGCCGCCGCCGCCGCCGCCUUAGUUUCAUCCGAAGGCGGCGAACAGUCACCGGACGACGGGCCUUCAACUUACUUUGCCCAAGACAGUGCAAAGUCAGAGAAUACACCGGAUUCCUCAUCGACCCAGUCCAAGCCUGAAACAUCUUCAUCGGAGUCAGUUGGGCUCGACAAAAGCCUGCCCGGCAGUGACAAUGACAAUGACAAUGUACCUGAAGACUCUGGCUCGAGGUCUGCCGAGGAUCCAGGACAGAAACAACCUUGACGAACGAGGAAACCGUUUUGCCAUGUUGUUCUCCAGACUGAAAAGAUGUAUAUCGCACAAU